UAAGGCGUUGACGGAAGAUUUUGGAAUCCACACUGUGCAUUCGAUAAAAUGUAACAGAGAUAACAGAAAGUUCUGAAUGCACAGUACGGUUGCACAGUAGAAUCACGUGAGCCGGUCAGGUGUACUCCGAGUCGUCCAAGAUGGCUGACCAUCGGUUACGACAGAGGGCGCAAUCAUUCAUCAUAACAGGAAUAAUAUUAAUCAUUAUUGGCAUUAUAUUAGAAGCAAUUCUUUGGUGGUUUUUCUACAUUGGCGCCAUUUGUUUCAUUGCGGGCGUAUGUUUACUAGUUACCGGGAUCGUCUGGCACUGUCAAUCGAACAGAGGCGGCGCAUCGGUGAACGUAGUACAGGUUACUCAUCAAACUGGUCCAACGGUCAUCGCGACAUCGACCAUGCAUUCCACUAUACAUGCCCCUCCUCAAUACCCACCACCUAUGUACGGGGCACCACCACAAUCGCUACCAACUGGACCAACGCCAGGGUAUAUGCCUCCCACGGCACCUCCUUUAUACGGACACCCUCCCUCAUAUGGCAACAACCCCACAUAUUAUCCAGGGAAUUCACAGCCAGUUAAUUACACACAGCCGCCACCAAAUUACAGCAUGCAGACACAGCCAGGCCCAGGAUACUGAAUAACGGCUUUCUAAGUUGACAAGGC